GUUUUUUUCUUUCCAAAAUUUGGAAAAAUUUUGCAUGCCAAUAGUCUUUAGCUUUAGCCCCACUAGAGCACAAAAUCUAACCCCCCAUUUGUCCUCCACGAGAGUAUUGAUGAAAAUGAGAGUGCAUAAAUACUAGCUUGGCUGGCUAAUGGCCAGCCUAGAGCCCCUCACUUUCUUUUACUCCCAAACAAGGAAGAGACCCUGUUUGCUUCGCCUGCACUGACUUAUGGCAUUUUCUAUUGUUUCUUUAUUGCUCCUUUUGCAGUAGCUUAUAAUUGUUUAUAUUCCACUUGUCUCCCUAUUUCUCCCCCCUUCUCUUUCUCUCUCCGCAAUUCAAAAUUACUUUGUUCUUGCUAUAUAAAUCCAACUUUUGCACCCUUUGCUACAUCCGAGGAGGACCCAAACAGUGUUUGAAUUUCAAAAGUUUCAGUUUGUAUUAACUUUCAAGCCAUGAAGAGUACCGCAAUUAGUUGUGUUGAUGAAGAAAAAUGGGAAGCUGAAGAAGAAGAAGAAGCAUUGUCAUUGUGUGAUCUGCCAGUCAAUUUGAUUGAAGAAGAGAACCAAGUCCAACCAAGGAAUGAGGAAGAUGGUGAAUCCCAAGCAAUUAAAACAGAAGAAGAUUUCAACUUUGGCUCAUGGGGUGGCUCUCUUUCAACAGAACCAGAAAUGUGUUCAGCUGAUGAAGUGUUUUUUAAAGGCCAAAUUCUACCCCUGCGUCUCUCAGUUAGUUCAGACAGCGGCCUGACAAGGUGCCGCCAAGAUAGCCAAAACACUAGCCGGUGCUUGUCAAGGUCAGAGUCCAUGGACCAUGGUUCAUUAAGCAGGUUCACAAGUGUUAGUAGCAGUAGCAGAAGCAGCAGCACUAGAAGUAGUCAUUACUCAGCAAGUAGCAAUAAUUCCUCCACGGUUACAGCAAGAAAUUUCAAUUCAAUUACCAAUUCCAGUUCCAAUUCCAAUACCAAGUCAAAGCCAAUUAAAAUCAGAAACAACUUCAACACACAUCCAAGUCCCAAACCCCAGAUAAGAUUGUCCAAAACUCGGCCAGUCAAUGUCAGCAGCCGAAACCAGAAAUCAUCAAUGUGGGAUUUUUUCAGGUUAGGUUUGGUUCGAGCACCAGAACUUGGAUUGCAAGACUUGAAAGUUCGUAGCAACAACAAUAACGGUAAUAGAAACUCUGUCAGCAGAAACAGCAGUUGCAAUAGCAGUAACAGCAGUUCAAGCACCAAGAACAGCACCAGCAAGAUUGUUAGCAACAGUGGUACUGAAGUUGCAAAGAAUCAGCUAGAUUUAAACAAGGGUUUCUUAGAAAAGAGAAUAGGGUUGUUUGGUGGAUGUAAGUGUUCAGUUAAUGCAGUUGAAACGGUUCCAUUGAACAACACAGUAGUCAUCAAAAGUAACAAGAACAAUGAGAAAAAGAAAGCAAUGUUGCAUUUCGCCAUGGAAGCUAAGAAGAAGAAGAAGCUGCUGCAAGAAUUGAAGAUAAACAAGAAGAUGAAACAGAAAGAAAAGAAGAAGCAAGAAGGAAAGCAAGCUUUAUCACGUCAUCGAACGUUUGAAUGGUUAAAGGAGCUUUCAGUUUCACAUGCAAGCUAUGUUGAUGAGGCCUAAGCAAAGACCCAUGAACAAUCCCUCGCAUGCUACCCUUUUUCAUUUCUUUCAUCAUUAUCAACUUUUUUUUUCUUUUUUUGGUUUAAGUUUUCGUUAUUUUUUACAUUAUAGCAUAUUGAAAUACUUCAAAGUGCAGACUAUGUAUGUAGAAAAUCUCUCACUGUCUCUUGAGAGAUUUGAAGUUAAUUAUUGAAUUUUCUUUUGAUUAUAUU